AUGCAGGGGUGGCUUCGGCCUUCGGGGGGUUACGUCCCCGCAUACCCGAGUUCUCCAGGCCCAAAGGUUGGCUCCCUAAGGCACUGGGAAGAAGUAGCUCCUAUGACGAGAAGUAAAACUCAACAGGGCGGUGAGGGGCUACGGGCUGGUCCCUCUUGGAGCCGUCCAGAGGCACAGCUCGAUGGGGGAGACUGUGGUGCGAGCGGCGCAGCCCCCCGAGAUGGCACCGCAAGAUCCAGGCUUGAAAUGGAAGGAUUCCUAGACUUGGACGAGAUAGAGUCUCGUCCCGUCCAGGAUCCAAAACGAGACGGAAGAGCGCGAUGGACUGAGGACGAAAAUGUUUUAAUUAUGCGCGCUCAUUUUAUAGCGAAGACCCUAGAGCAGAUGUCAGAAAGAACAUAUAGACAACUUCUGACUGAAACAUGGAAUGAUAUCAAGCCAGGAAAACAGCUUUACACGAAUCUGCUGGCUAAUCGAGUGAGAUACCUGCUUGAAAAUGGAAAGCUUUCAAGUGUCGAACUAGCAGCGAUUGAACAGAACAUAUGGCCACAGACAGCGCCACCAGCAGAAGAGAAAGAACAAGAGCUCAACCAACUGGAAGAACUGCAAGAAGAGCAACAGGAAGAAGACCAGGACGACCCACAAACCAGAAAAAUGAAGCGAAUCUUCGGCCGAAAUACACUACUAUACAGUGGUAUAAAUCCUGAAGCUCGGCUGAAGAUUCCUAGGAUGAAGGGAUCGCGCAUCAUGCUGGAGAAGGUGAGGAUGGUGGAUGCAAUUAUUAAAUCUCACAUCUCAAGCACGACAACAUUGAGAGAUAUAGUGGACCUGGUAUACACGGGAGCGGCCACUGUAUGUGAGGGGAUGGGAAAGUGUCUAACGGAACCACACAGAAAACCAAAGAAAGAGCAGCCCCCAUGGAGAGCCCGCCUGGAAAGAAAAGUAUUAAAGAUUAGGAAAAAUUUCGGAUUACUACAUACUUACCUGAACACCGAGGUCGUAUCCAACAAAGUUCAUAAGGCGGUCCGUAGGAUAGCCUCUGAGGUCCGUAUAAACCUUAAAGCUUCUGACUCCCGGAUGAAGCUUGAAACCCUCAAUGAUCACCUGAAACAAAAAAUAAAAGCUCUAGGUAACCGUAUAAAACGCUACACUGAAAGUAAAAUGAGGUACGAGAAUAAUCAGCUGUACUAUAAAAAUCAAAAGCAAUUCUUUAGAAACCUGGAAAACACUAACAAUAGUGAUCAGGAACCUCCCAAAACAGAGGACAUGUACACCUACUGGCAGGCAAUUUGGGGUAACAACAAGCAACACGACGAUACGGCUCGUUGGAUCAGGGAGUCGGAGGCUGAAAGCUCCAGGUACAACAUGGAAGAGAUUGAGAUCACCAAACUGGAUAUUGAACAGAGAGCACUGACCAACCCAACUGUCAUCCCUGGUUUCUUCACAUUGGGCACCACCAUAAUGUUUCCAAAGGGAAACACAACAUCUGACCCAAAGAAUUUCAGACCAAUAACAUGCCUGCCCACCAUAUAUAAACUACUAACUGGUACCAUCACAAAAUAUAUAUGGAAUCACGUGAAGAAAGAAAACAUCUUGGCACGCGAACAGAAUGGCUGCUGUAGGGACGCAAAAGGAUGCAAGGAGCUUCUUGUAGUCGACCAAAUCAUCACCGGGCAGGCGAAGGGUAAACUUCGUAAUAUCUCUAUAGCCUGGGUCGAUUAUAGGAAAGCGUUUGACUCAGUGCCCCACACCUGGCUGCUGAAAACAAUGAGAUUGUACGGAAUAUCAGAUAAGGUGAUCAAUCUGCUUGAACAUCUCAUGAGCGCCUGGCGUACCACAUUAUUGAUCGAUAAUAGAGGUGAAAGCAGCAUGUCAAAGGAGAUAGCCAUCAAAUGCGGAAUUUUCCAGGGAGAUACUUUGAGCCCGCUCUGGUUUUGCCUGGCUCUGAAUCUCCUAAGUAAACUUCUCAACAAAAGCAAAUACGGAUAUAUCAUCAACAAGACCAGAAACUGCAAAAUAAACCACCAAUUAUACAUGGAUGAUCUCAAACUCUUUGCAGCCAAUAGAGAAGAGAUGAGAAGGUUACUGGAAAUAGUGUCAUCCUUCAGCCAGACGAUCGGCAUGGAGAUGAGACUGGACAAAUGCGCGGUCCUGGAUGUGAAGAGGGGCAGGGUUGCCGAGGGUCCGGAGAUUAAGCUGUGGAACGAGUCGAAAAUAUCAUGUCUAGGGCCUCAAGAAACUUACAAAUAUCUCGGCAUUCAACAAGCCCUUGACAUAAAAACGCCUGAAGUGAAAGAUAAUUUCAAGACUAAAUACUUUGCCAGGCUAAGGAGUCUUCUUAAAGCUAAGCUCAAUUCGAAGGCACUGUUCACAGCUAUUAAUAUAUGGGUCUUACCCUGCAUUACUUACUCAUUUGGAUUAGUACGCUGGACAGCCGCAGAACUGCAAGCAAUAGACAUCCAAACCAGAAAGCUCCUCACUAGGUAUGGAAUACAUCACCCCCAUUCCUCAGUGAAUAGAUUGUACAUCAGCAGACAUGAAGGUGGCAGAGGGCUCCAAAAUAUCCUCAUAACACACAACAAAAUUGUAUCACAGAUGAGAGAUUACUUCAGAUCAAGAAACUUACCGCUUUUUAAGAUCGUGUGCCAAGCAGAUGAGUACUCAGCCUUGCAGCUGGCAAAAUCCUCGGUGAAUCUCAGGGGACAAUCAUUGGAACAGCUUUCGGAGGAGUGGCACAGCAAAGCCCUCCAUGGCAGAUAUCCUGGAAAUUUAAAAUCUGAUAACAUAAUAAAAAAUGAGUCAUUAACUUACCUGAAAGCAGGAUACCUACACCCUGAAACCGAAGGAAGGCUUAUAGCAAUCCAGGACCAGCUGUACUGGGACACUGCCAUGGUCACAGAUAGGUCUAUAGCACACAAUCGCCCUGACAUUGUGUUGUUCAAUAAAACCGAAAAGUCUGUACAGAUAAUAGACGUAUCAGUUCCCGCUGACGACAACAUCACCAAAGCCUAUACGGAGAAGGUCAGUAAGUAUCACGACCUGGCCUUUGAACUGAAGAUCUAUGGCCUCAGAAAGACAUCUAUAGUGCCACUCAUAAUAUCGGUGAACGGCUUGGUGGAGGCCCACAUGCUGGAAAAUACAAAGAGGCUGCAACUUGAUACUUACUUGAUUAGUCAAGCCCAAAAGCAAGUGAUUUUGGGCACUACGCGGAUAGUCAGGAAGUUCUUGACCAUCUCCUGA